AUGAAGCAGAAAAUCAUCAAUCCGUCCACCUCUGUGAACACUGCAACGCAUCCAGGUUCCACCGGAUACGAUUAUACCAUGGGUCCGCAACAAACACUGCCGGAUUUGCCCGUUUCCUCCGGAACCAUUGCUGCGUCUGGCACCAAUGGGGGCUCGUCCACAGCUGCCUCAGCCCACACGUCUCUACCGUCCGUUUACAACGGCUCGCUCCAUCCUCACGCCCACAAUCAGCAUGUGUCAUUGGCAGCAUUCGCUUUUCUGUUCCAAGAGCUUAUUUCACAGGCUCGUAACGCAAGCAAAUCCGUUUCUGAAAUCGAAAUGCGGCUUCAUCGUAACGGCUACCAUAUCGGUAUCAGACUGCUAGAAUUACUGAAUUUCAGAAGCAGCGUUUCGCCCGGAUUCGGCUCGACUUCAUCGUCCAGGGCAUUUUUCUCCAAAACUUCUAUCAACUCUUCUUCGAAUACUCUAGCGCUUAACAACGCGCUCACAACUACCCAGGACGAACCGUCACUGGCCCAGGGAAUCUCUCACAUGAAACGCCGCGACUUGAAACCCGUAGAGAUUCUCCAGUUUAUACAUAGCACCGUGUGGACUUACCUUUUCGGUCGUGUUAGCGACGACCUUGUCAAAUCCUCGGAACGCGACAAUGAAUACAUGCUCGUGGAUUCUGCACCCAUGCUGUCACAGUUUAUUAGUUCUACCAACGUUCAGUGCGAUUUUUUCGUGUGUGGUAUAAUUGAAGGCAUCUUGGAUUCAGCUAGUUUCCCUUGUAACGUUACCAUUCAUUCAGUUCCAGAACCCAACUUUCAACAAAGAGCCGUGUUUGUAGUUCGGUUUGAACAGCAGGUACUCGAACGAGAAGCGCUACGAGCAUAG